UGCUGUGCCCCCACCCCUUUUCAAUAUGGCUGCCGUAUCUACUCUACAGUAACGCUCCGAUUGGAGAUUGACUCGACUCUGUAUCUUAAUGCCUUUUACUUUUUGACUUUAUCAACGAUAUUUAGUAUCAAAUGCAAUCUGAAUCAAUUACUCUCCCUUAUUUAAUUUAAUGCAUUAGCAAACCUUCACUAACAACUACAUCGGGCCUUUUCCCCAAAACAACCAGGUGCCAACAAUUCGUAUCCAUCAACAAUUUCCAAUGGUUUGACUACACUUUUCCUUUGUUAUUUUUUUAAUGAACAAUGUGUGAAAACUGCGCCGAGCUGGUGGAGGUUUUAAAUGAAAUAUCGGAUGCAGACAGCACUGAGGGCCUACAGCUGAAGAAGGAGCAUGCUUUACGAGUCUUCAGCUACAUCAGCUCAUGGACCCAGAGGCAAUGUCUAUGCUGCUUCAAGGAGUACAAGCACCUGGAGGUGUUCAACCAGCUGGUCUAUGCCCUCAUCAACCUGGUCAUCGCUCAGGUCACCAGCCUGAGAGACCGCCUCUGUAGCGCCACCAGCCAACGGGGCGUCACCGACGACGAGGCCGCAGGUGGCGAGGAGGGGCCAGGGACAGAAUGGCGUGGGGAGGGAGGGGGUGGAAUAACUGGAGCAGGGCCACACCCCCAGCAACCGCCCACAUCGCCUGUUGAGGACGAGCCGCUGAACGUGGAGAGGGACUCGGCAGAGGAGGACGGCACCGGGGACGCACCGGAGCAGAACCAGAAUAACAACAACCAGAACCCAGUCCAGGGGACGAGCCAGGCCCAGCAGGAGGCCCCCAAGCCAGGGGGUAGUGGUAUUGGGGCGUCCGAGGCUGUAGCUAGCAGCAGUACGGACUGCCAGGCCCACGAGGACAUGUUUGACUCGUGGAGCACCGAGGACCGGGAGAAGCUGCUGCUCUGCGCCGCCAAGAUCUUCCAGAUUCAGUUUCCCCUGUAUACGGCUUACAAACACAACACCCACCCCACCAUAGAGGACAUCUCUGCUCAUGAAAGCAAUAUCCUCGGCUCCUUCUGCGACAUGAACGAUGUGGAGGUCCCCUUGCACUUGCUGCGCUACGUGUGCCUGUUCUGUGGCAAGCACGGUCUGUCGCUCAUGAAGGACUGCUUUGAGUCAGGCACGCCAGAGAGCCUGCCCUUCCCCAUCGCCCACGCCUUCAUCACCAUCGUCUCCAAUAUCCGAAUAUGGUUGCACAUUCCCGCCGUCAUGCAGCACAUCAUACCGUUCCGCACGUAUGUAAUACGGUACCUGUGCAAGCUGUCGGACCAGGAGCUGCGUCAGAGCGCGGCACGCAACAUGGCCGACCUGAUGUGGAGCACGGUGAAGGAGCCGCUGGACAGCGCACUGUGCUUCGACAAGGAGAGUCUGGACCUGGCCUUCAAGUACUUCAUGUCCCCCACGCUCACCAUGAGGCUGGCCGGCCUCAGCCAAAUCACGAAUCAGCUCCACACCUUCAACGACGUCUGUAAUAAUGAGUCUCUGGUGUCCGACACCGAAACGUCAAUAGCAAAGGAACUAGCUGACUGGCUAAUCAACAACAAUGUGGUGGAGCAUAUAUUUGGACCAAAUUUGCAUAUUGAGAUAAUUAAACAGUGCCAAGUGAUCCUGAACUUCCUUGCCGCAGAGGGCAGGCUCAGCACCCAGCAUGUGGACUGCAUCUGGGCCGCAGCUCAGCUGAAGCACUGUAGCCGUUACAUCCACGACCUGUUCCCCUCGCUCAUCAAGAACCUGGACCCGGUGCCGCUGCGCCACGUCCUCAACCUGGUGUCCGGCCUGCACCCCAGCGCACACACCGAACAGACCCUGUACCUGGCCUCCAUGCUGAUCAAGGCUCUGUGGAACAACGCCCUGUCCGCUAAGGCCCAGCUCUCCAAGCAGAGCUCCUUCGCCUCGCUGCUCAACACCAACGUCCCCAUGGGCAACAAGAAAGGCUCCCCAGCGGCCAGCCCGGACAGCAGUGACAACAGCGACACCCACCACAGCGGCGGUAGCGACAUGGAGAUGGACGAGCAGAUGAUGGGCAGCAGCAAGCGGGGCCAGCAGAGACUCUCUGACACAGAGGAGUCGAUGCAGGGCAGCUCGGACGAGACGGCCAACAGCAUGGAGGAGGGCAGCAGUGGGCCGGGCAGCAGCAGUGGCCACAGCGAGGGCUCCAGCAACGAGGCGGGCUCCAGCCGUGCCAGCCAGUCGGCGGGAAGCCCCGGCAGCGAGCUGCACUCUGACGACAUGGCCGACAGCGAGAUCCUCAAGGAGGAAGAGGAUGAGGAGGAAGAUGACGAAGAUGAGGACGAAGAUGAUGAUGACGAUGAAGAGGACGAAGAGGGGAACAACCGGGGUGUAGCGGCCGAGGGCAGCCCGCAGAAGGAACCCCGGGACCAGCCGGAGGUCAGGAAGCGGAAAGCAGGCGAGGCGCUGAUGGAGGAGCAGGGCGACAGAGCCGAAAGAGGAGGGGCAGGAGACGGACCAAAACCCAAAGGUUUGCCCUUUAACCCCGAGGCAGCCGUCGGCAUGGUAACGGCUACGACGUCGAUGGAGGGCCACAUGAGGAUGCUGGACGCCUGCUCGGCCCGGCCUGAGGGGCCCGAACAACAACACUCAGAGAUGGGAGGCCCCUCAUCCCAAAUGGCCCCUGGACCCCAGGAGCAGACCUGCCUGCCCUGCCCCGGGGACUUCCUGGGGGACGCCAUGGGCAACGAGCUGUUCAACUGCCGACACUUCAUCGGGCCCCAUCACCACCACCACCAUGAAGGGCACAUGGUGGACGACAUGCUGAGCGCAGACGACGUGUCCUGCAGCAGCUCCCAGAUCAGCGCCAAGUCGGAGAAGAACAUGGCCGACUUUGACGGUGAGGAGUCUGGCUGUGAGGAGGAGCUGGUGCAGAUCAACUCGCACGCCGAGCUCAGCUCCCACUUGCAGCAGCACCUGCCCAACCUGGCCUCUAUCUACCACGAGCACAUGGUGCAAGGGCCGCAGGUCCACAAGCACCAGUACUCUGGCCACGCCGUGACUGACAUCAACCUGGACAACGUGUGCAAGAAGGGCAACACGCUGCUUUGGGACCUUGUGCAGGAUGAGGACGCGAUCCACCUGUCGGAGGGCCUGAUCAACGAGGCGGAGAAGCUGCUUUGCUCUCUGGUGUGCUGGUUCACCGACCGCCAGAUCCGCAUGCGCUUCAUCGAGGGCUGCCUGGAGAACCUAGCCCACCACAGAUCCGUGGUCGUCUCUCUGCGCCUCCUUCCCAAACUUUUCGGCACUUUUCAGCAGUUCGGCUCCAGCUACGACACCCACUGGAUCACCAUGUGGGCGGAGAAGGAGCUGCACAUGAUGAAGCUGUUCUUUGAGAACCUGCUGCACUACAUCCAUGAAGUCCGAGAGCAGAGGCACAAGUUUGCCCUGUAUGGCCACAGUGCAGAAGUCCAAGUACGCUUGCAGUUCCUGACCUGUGUCUUCUCCACACUUGGCUCCCCAGACCACUUCAGACUGAGUCUAGAGCAGGUGGACAUCCUGUGGCACUGCCUGGUGGAGGACGGAGAGUGUUACGACGACGCGCUCCACUGGUUCCUCAACCAGGUCCGCAGCAAAGACCAGCAUGCCAUGGGCAUGGAGACCUACAAACACCUCUUCCUGGAAAAGAUGCCCCAGCUGAAGCCGGAGACCAUCAGCAUGACAGGCCUCAACCUCUUCCAGCAUCUCUGUAACCUGGCCCGUCUAGCUACCAGCGCCUAUGACAGUGGCUCCAACUGCGAGCUGUGUGGCAUGGACCAGCUGUGGGGUAUCGCCCUCAGGGCCCAGUCCGCAGACAUCAGCCGCGCUGCCAUCCAGUACAUCAACUCCUACUACAUCAACGCUGGUAAGACGGGCCUGGAGAAGGAGCAGGAGUUCAUCAGUAAGUGCAUGGAGAGCCUGAUGAUGACCUCGGCCAACCUGGAGAAGGAUGCCCACUCCAGCCUCACCGUCAUCGAGAGGGGCCUGCUCAUGCUCAAGACCCACCUGGAGGCCUUCCGACGCAGGUUUGCGUACCACCUGCGUCAGUGGCAGAUCGAGGGCACGGGCAUCAGCAGCCACUUGAAGGCGCUGAGCGACAAGCAGUCUCUGCCACUGAGGAUCGUGUGCCAGCCCGCCGGCCUGCCCGACAAGAUGACCAUCGAGAUGUACCCCAGUGACCAGGUGGCAGACCUGCGGGCUGAGGUGACCCACUGGUAUGAGAACCUGCAGAAGGAGCAGAUGAACCAGCAGGCCCAGCUGCAGGAGUUUGGACAGAGCAGCCGCCAGGGGGACUUCCCAGGUGGUUUGAUGGGUCCGGUCAGAAUGAUCUCCUCUGGCCAUGAGCUCACCACGGACUACGAUGAGAAGACCCUGCAUGAGCUGGGCUUCAAAGACAUGCAGAUGGUGUUUGUCUCGCUGGGCGCCCCACGGCGGGAGCGUAAGGGCGAGGGGGUGCAGCUCCCGGCCUCGUGUCUCCCCCCGCCCCAGAAGGAGCACAUCCCCAUGCUACUGCUGCUCCAGGAGCCCCACCUCACCACCCUGUUCGACCUGCUGGAGAUGCUGGCUUGCUUCAAACCCCCCAGUGCCCUGGGAGACAGCCCCGAGAACCUAAGAUGUGAGGAGCUGCACCUCCAUGCUGAGAACCUGUCGAGGCGCGUCUGGGAGCUGCUCAUGCUGCUGCCCACCUGCCCCAACAUGCUGCUGGCCUUCCAGAACAUCGCCGAUGACACGGGAGGCGAGGGUCUGUGCUGGAAGGACCUGCUGAGGAUCAAGAGCCCCCACAAGCUGCUGUACGCCCUGGAGAUCAUCGAGGCUCUGGGCAAGCCCAACCGACGCAUCCACCGGGAAUCCACGGGGAGCUACAGUGACCUGUACCCGGACUCUGACGACUCCAGCGAGGACCAGAUAGAGAACAGUAAGAACUCCUGGAGCUGCAAGUUUGUGUCGUCUGGGGGGCUUCAGUUGCUGUUGGAGAUCUUCAACUCUGCCAUUCUGGAGCCCAAGGACCAGGAGUCUUGGACAGUGUGGUUGUUGGACUGCCUGGCUUGCCUGCUUAAGCUCAUCUGCCAGUUUGCGGUGGACCCGGCCGACCUGGACCUAGCCUACCCUGACGUCUUCUCCUGGUCGGGCCUCACCGACAGCCAGCGCAAAAGGGCCUGGCCUGGCAAGUCCCGCAAGUCCACCGGCGACCAUGGCAAGGGACUGCAUAUCCCCCGCCUCACAGAGGUCUUCCUAGGCCUUGUCCAAGGCACCAACCUGAUCCAGCGCUUGAUCAACGUGGCCUACACCUACGACAACCUAGCACACAGAGUUUUGAAGGCCCAGUCAGAUCACCGGUCCCGUCAUGAAGUGACCCACUACUCCAUGUGGCUGCUGGUGAGCUGGGCCCACUGCUGCUCUACGGUCAAGUCCAGUCUGGCCGACAGCGACCACCUCCACGACUGGCUCAAGAAGCUCACCCUGCUGGUGCCGGAGACGGCGGUGCGUCACGAGGCGUGUAACGGCCUGUACAAGCUGUCCCUGUCUGGUCUGGACGGAGGAGAGUCCAUCAACAGGUCCUUCCUGCUACUGGCCGCCUCCACGCUGCUCAAGUUCCUCCCCGACGCACAGGCCCUCAAACCACUGCGGGUGGAGGACUAUGAAGAGGAGCCCGUGCUGAGGACGGGCUGUAAGGAGUACUUCUGGCUGCUGUGCAAGCUCAUCGACAACAUCCACGUCAAAGACGCCAGCCAAACCACUCUGUUGGACCUGGAUGCUUUCUUGCGCGACUGCAUCCGGAGCCGUGAGAUCCUGGACCAGCAGGACGGCGCAAUCGAGGACGACGGUCUCACUGGCCUCCUGCGCCUCGCCCACAGCGUCCUCAAACACAAGCCCCUUCAAGUUCUCCCGGAGGGCCAGGAGUUUCUGCGAGUCCACAACCUGCUCUUCCUCCUUCCCAGCCUGGCCGACCGCGCCCAGCCCAAGUGCAAGUCGCAUGCGGCCCGCGCCGCCGCCUACGACCUCCUGGUGGAGACGGUGAAGGGCUCGGUGGAGAACUACAGGCUGCUUCACAACUGGGUCAUGUCCCAGCACAUGCAGACCUCUCAUGCCCCGUACAAGUGGGACUACUGGCCCCACGAUGACGUGCGUGCCGAGUGUCGCUUCGUGGGCCUCACUAACCUGGGGGCCACCUGCUACCUGGCCUCCACUAUCCAACAGCUCUACAUGAUCCCUGAGGCACGCCAGGCCGUCUUCACUGCUAAGUACGCAGAGGAAAUUAAGCACAAGACCACCUUACUGGAGCUCCAGAAGAUGUUCACCUAUCUCAUGGAGAGCGAGAGGAAGGCGUACAACCCCCGUCCGUUCUGUAAGACCUACACCAUGGACAAGCAGCCCCUGAACACGGGCGAGCAGAAGGACAUGACCGAGUUCUUCACCGACCUCAUCACUAAGAUCGAGGAGAUGUCCCAGGACCUGAAGAACACAGUGAAGACUCUCUUUGGCGGCGUCAUCACCAACAAUGUGGUCUCGCUGGACUGUGACCACGUGAGUCAGACAGCCGAAGAGUUCUACACCGUCCGGUGCCAGGUGGCCGACAUGAAGAACAUCUACGAAUCUCUGGACGAGGUGACCAUCAAGGACACUCUGGAGGGGGACAACAUGUACACCUGCUCCCAGUGUGGCAAGAAAGUACGCGCCGAGAAGAGGGCCUGCUUCAAGAAGCUGCCUCGCAUCCUGAGCUUCAACACCAUGCGCUACACCUUCAACAUGGUCACCAUGAUGAAGGAGAAGGUCAACACGCACUUCUCCUUCCCCCUGCGCCUCGACAUGACCCCCUACACUGAGGACUUCCUCAUGGCCAAGGGCGACAGGAAAGAGGGUUUCCGGGAGGAGGGUGGGGCUAAGGUGGCGGAGAGCUACGAGUACGACCUAAUCGGCGUCACGGUGCACACAGGCACGGCGGACGGCGGCCAUUACUACAGUUUCAUCCGAGACAUCGUCAACCCGCACGCCUACAAGAAUAACAAAUGGUACCUGUUCAACGAUGCCGAGGUGAAGCCCUUUGAUUCAGCCCAGCUAGCCUCCGAGUGCUUCGGUGGAGAGAUGACGACGAAAACGUACGACUCUGUCACCGACAAGUUCAUGGACUUCUCCUUUGAGAAGACCCACAGUGCCUACAUGCUUUUCUACAAGAGAGUGGAGCUCGAGGAGGAAAAUGGCAAAGACUUCAACUUCGACGUUUCUCCAGAUCUACUCGAGUGGAUUUGGCAAGACAACAUGCAGUUUCUCCAGGACAAGAACAUUUUCGAGCACACAUACUUUGGGUUCAUGUGGCAGCUUUGCAGCAGCAUCCCUAGCACUUUACCAGACCCCAAAGCCAUCUCCCUCAUGACUGCCAAGCUUAGCACGUCGUUUGUCCUGGAGACGUUCAUUCACUCCAAGGAAAAGCCCACCAUGUUGCAGUGGAUCGAGCUACUGACCAAACAAUUCAACAACAGCCAGGCGGCCUGCGAGUGGUUUUUGGACCGCAUGGCUGAUGACAACUGGUGGCCCAUGCAGAUCCUCAUCAAGUGCCCCAAUCAGAUUGUUCGACAGAUGUUUCAGAGGCUGUGUAUCCACGUCAUCCAGAGGCUACGGCCAGUCCACGCCCACCUCUACCUACAACCUGGCAUGGAGGACGGGUCUGACGACAUGGACGGGCCGGUGGAGGACAUCGGCAGCCGCUCGUGCGUGACGCGCUUCGUCAAGACGCUGCUGUCCAUCAUGGAGCAUGGCGUCAAGCCCCACAGCAAACACCUGACCGAGUACUUCGCCUUCCUCUACGAGUUCGCCAAGAUGGGAGAGGAGGAGAGUCAGUUCCUUCUGUCCCUACAAGCCAUUUCCAUCAUGGUGCACUUCUACAUGGGCACCAAGGGGCCUGAGAACCCCCAGGUGGAGGUGCUGUCUGAGGAGGAGGGAGAAGAGGAGGAUGAGGAGGAGGACAUCUUGUCCCUGGCGGAAGAGAAGUACCGCCCGGCCGCCUUGGAGAAGAUGGUAGCUCUCAUCGCCCUGCUGGUGGAACAGUCCCGCUCUGAGAGACACCUGACUCUGUCCCAGAGUGACAUGGCAGCCCUGACCGGGGGGAAAGGCUUCCCCUUCCUCUUCCAGCACAUCCGAGACGGCAUCAACAUCAGGCAGACCUGCAACCUCAUCUUCAGCCUGUGUCGCUACAACAACCGCCUGGCCGAGCACAUUGUAUCCAUGCUCUUCACCUCUAUCGCUAAACUGACGCCUGAGGCGGCAAACCCUUUCUUCAAGCUGCUCACCAUGCUGAUGGAGCUAUCAGGUGGUCCUCCGGGCAUGCCUUCCUUCGCCUCUUACAUACUACAGAGGAUCUGGGAGGUGAUAGAGUACAACCCUAGCCAGUGUCUGGACUGGUUGGCGGUGCAGACCCCCAGGAACAAGCUGGCUCACAGCUGGGUGUUGCAGAACAUGGAGAACUGGGUGGAGCGCUUCCUACUUGCCCACAACUACCCCCGUGUCCGCACCUCGGCAGCCUACCUCCUGGUCUCCCUGAUUCCCAGCAACUCGUUCCGGCAGAUGUUCCGCUCCACGCGUUCCCUCCACAUCCCCACGCGGGACCUGCCCCUGUCCCCCGACACCACCGUGGUGCUCCACCAGGUGUACAACCUGCUUCUGGGCCUGCUGGGCCGGGCCAAGCUGUACGUGGACGCGGCGGUGCAUGGGACCACCAAGCUGGUGCAGUACUUCAGCUUCAUGACCUACUGUCUCAUCUCCAAGACGGAGAAGCUCAUGUUCUCCGGUUACUUCAUGGACCUGUGGAACCUCUUCCAGCCCAAGCUGUCUGAACCAGCCAUCGCCACUAACCACAACAAGCAGGCCCUGCUCUCCUUCUGGCACAACGUGUGUAUGGAGUGUCCCGAGAACGUCCGGCUGGUCGUCCAGAACCCCGUGGUCACUAAGAACAUCGCCUUCAACUACAUCCUGGCCGACCACGACGACCAGGAGGUGGUGCUGUUCAACCGGGGCAUGCUGCCGGCGUACUACGGCAUCCUGAGGAUGUGCUGCGAGCAGUCGCCCGCCUUCACCCGCCAGCUGGCCUCGCACCAGAACAUCCAGUGGGCCUUCAAGAAUCGUUCAACACCCUGCACAUGAUGUACCACGAGGCCACAGCGUGUCAUGUGACGGGGGACCUGGUGGAGCUGCUGUCUAUCUUCCUGUCGGUACUCAAGGCCACGCGGCCAUAUCUGCAGCGCAAAGACGUGAAGCAGGCUCUUAUCCAGUGGCAGGAGAGGAUCGACUUUGCCCACAAGCUGCUCACCCUCCUCAACUCCUACAGCCCCCCGGAGCUCCGCAACGCCUGCCUGGAUGUUCUGAAGGAGCUGGUCCUGUUGAGUCCCCAUGACUUCCUGCACACGCUGGUGCCCUUCCUGCAGCACAACCACUGCACCUACCACCACAGCAACAUCCCUAUGUCCUUUGGGCCUUACCUGCCCUGCAGAGAGAACAUCAAGCUGAUGGGAGGCAAGAACAACAUCCGGCCUCCCAGACCUGAACUCAACAUGUGCCUCCUGCCUUCCAUGGUGGAGACCAGCAAGGGUAAAGAUGAGGUGUAUGGGAUGCUCCAAGACUAUUUUCUGUCCUACCACCAGUUCAUCCACCUGCUGUGUCGAGUCGCCAUCAACUGCGAGAAGUUCACGGAGACCCUUGUCAAACUGAGUGUCCUGAUAGCGUACGAGGGCUUGCCUCUGCACUUGGCCCUCUUCCCCAAGCUGUGGACGGAGCUUUGCCAGUCUCAGUCAGCCCUGGCUAAGACGUGUGUGAAGCUUCUGUGCGAGGACCCGGCGUUCGGCGAGUACAUCAAGUGCAUCCUAAUGGAUGAGAGGACCUUCCUCAACAACAACAUGGCCUACUCCUUCCUCACCUGCUUCCUGCACAAGGUCCAGAGCCAGGUGCUGUCAGGCCCCAGCUGCGCCAACCUGAUCAGUCUGCUGGUGACCAACCUGCUGAACGAGUACCACAGCCUACAGCCUGAGCUGGCCUCGCACCGCCUGGAGCUGAGCAAGACCAGCGGCCUCCUCAACGCUGACCUGCGAGCGUUGGCGUUGAUGUUGUCCAUACACACCCCCCAGGCGAUGGACCCAGCUCUGGGUCCGGCCCUGCAGGAGUUGCUGUCCAAGUGUAGCGCCUGUGUGCAGCAACGCAGCGUGCUCGAACAGGAGGCCAAGGACCGCAAGGCCAAAGCGGAGGAAGAGGGCGCCACCCCAGUGAAGCGCCGGCGGAUGAGUAGCGACGACGGCCCUGGGGAGGGCACCAGCGCCGGCACCAGCACCGGGGGUGUGACUGUUUCCGGACCCACCUGCGCCGCCUCCACCUCCUCCUCCCUCCCCCCAUGUGUCGAGCUGAAGCCGGAGCACCAGGAGGCACUGACUCCCACCAGCACCUCGGACACAGAGACGAGGGACUCCUCAUCCCUCAUCGACCCGGGAACCGAGCACGACCCGCCCUCACCGGAUCCUACCGCUGCCACCAGUUGCAGCCAACCCCCAGGGGACGCCUCCCCCAAGGAGGAGAAGAUGGAGGCUUCCUCUUCCUCGUCGUCCUCAUCAUCAUCCUCUUCCUCCCUCCCGGAGACGGGAGAGUUGUCGUACGGCGGCAGCGGACAGGGAGGGGAGGAGCCGCAGUCGUCUCAGACUCAGCAGGCAGCCAUGGCAGGAGCGGAGGAGGAAGAGAGGAGGGAAGCAACGGCGGCAAUGGAUGAGACAAAGGAGGAGAGGGAGACGGGCUCUAAGACUUGCGGAGGCUCGGCCGCCCUGGCCUCGGAGGACCUGGCCUUCCCAUCUGCCCUGGGGCUAGCAGGAGAGGGGCCAGAGGUCCCAGGGUGCAGUAGCCACGCCCCCUCGCAGGCUCUGACAAACUCGGCCCCGCCUCCGGACACGCUGGAAAUGCUCUACAGGACAGUGGAGGCCACUAUCGCCGUGGUUACAAAACUAUCUGGGAAAGGGCCCUGUUCCGCCUCCUCGUGACAUCACCAUUAUUGCUGUCAGCACCAUGAGCCCUUUUAAUAUCUUUUUUUGUCUGUUAUUUCUUUUCUCUAAAUGAAUUAUGCUCUUUCGUUUAACACUUUUCUUUCUCUGUUUUCAUCCUUUUGUUUGUCGUUUCCCUUUUCUGUGUGUGUUGCGUUGGCCUCUGCUGAUGUUCUUCUAUCGAUUGGCUCUUGUGCUCUGGUAUGUCACGUGAUCUCUCCUCUCCGGCUUCAAUGACAGAUGGCGCUAGACGGCAUGCUCCCAAAUGACUAUAAACAUGCUCAGCCGCCGAUCCAUUGGACGAAAAGAUCAAGUUAUAAAAAAAACUAUAGCACAUUUUUUCUAAGGGCAAAAAGAAAGUUUUUUUUAAACUGAUUUCAGAGUUCUUUUUGAAGUGAUUUAUUUGUUUGAGGUUGCUGUAACGGGGAAAGGUUUACAGAAAUUUUAGUCUCUUCUGUAUGCAAUUUAAUUUUAUUGCAUUUUUACUCUGUAUAAAAUGGUGUCCUCUGUGCCAGUUUUGUACUUUAUGAAAGAGGCAAAAGUUGCCUUGCUUUUUUCUGUGGUUAAUAUCCAAACUAAGUUUACCUGUACAUUAAAAAAGAACCACAAGAAACUUGAUUCUGUAAAGAAUCUUCUCUAGUUGUUGCCUGGCGGUGUAUAUGAAAACGAUAUAUAUAUAUAUAUAUAUAUAAAACUUUAUAUAUAUAUAUAAUGGUGCUUUAUUUGACACGAUAUCUGUGGGUGAAAUAAAGCAGACUUGGUGUGACAGUUGGAGCUUUAUUUUAUUUACUGAAAAUACAUUCCAAAUUGUCCUUCUAGCUUCUGGAUUUAUUCAUUUUUUUCUUUCAAUAUAGAAUAAAUUGUAAUAUGAAUAAUUAUGAACUGAAAACUACAAUGAGCUAUGAUACGUUUUUCUAUAGCAUCCUCAAACAUCCUGGAGUAAAUCAGAUUGAUUUAGCAAUGUGAUUGACUUAUUGUUUUAAGGAUCCCCCAUACAUCCUUUUAAUUAAAAAAAAAAUGUUUUUUUCUUUAACCUUUAUUUAAUUAGGCAAGUCAGUUAAGAACAUUCUUAUUUACAAUGACGGCAUAGGAACAGUGGGUUAACUGCCUUGUUCAGGGGAAGAACGGCAGAUAUUUACCUCGUCAGCUUGGUGAUUCGAUCUAGUAACCUUUCAGUUACUGGCCCAACGCUCUAACCACUAGGCUACCUGCCUCCCCAAGCCUUCACCGUGGUUGUAAGGUUUACUAGAAUGUUUCCAGACAUAUUCCGCUAUGCGUUACACUGCUGAAGAACCACAAUCAUUUUAAUUGAACCUUGUCUUUAUCAAAUCAAAUGUAUCCCAUUUAGAUGGAGUAUGUUUUCAAGAGAAACCUGGUCCUUAGACUGCAGCAGUUUUGAGAGAGGUAUUUGGGGAAACUGCGACACAAAAUGGCCGCUAUUAUUAGCUCUGCUCUUGUUUUUUUUACUCCGUCUGGUUUUACUUAACACCUUAACAAUCUGUCUGACUGGGUCGUAUGUUGUGAUGGUGUAAGUCCUAUGUUGUGAUGGUGUAAGUCCUGCACACCCCAAUGCUAGAUCAGUGUUUUGAAACGGAUACAGUCUUGAAACUGUCCUUGAGGAGAUGACAUGUGGUUACUUUACGUUUCCCAAUCCUGGUCUUGAGAGACCUGUGUGUGUGUGAUGUUUUUUAAAAUCAUAACCAUCCUCUGUUAAAUUUGUGUUGAUUUGUUACAGGGUACUGAAGACCAGUUUACACAGGGACCCUUUGGGCAGGUGUGUAACUUGCGGCGCAACGGGUCAAUUUGAACCCCCCAAUAAUAUGCCAUGUUUAGUUUGAUUUCCUACUGUAAAGCGCCAAGCAGCUACAUGCUUUCUUGCUUUGCACCACAGAAUCAGUUCCUCGUUUUAUGAUCGUAUCUCCCCACUGCCAAAUAUGCUUUUGGCUGCGCCCGGUCCAAGGGGCGCCGGCCCAUUGUAAGCGCAGAAAUGCGCACAAUGCAAUAUAGGCUACACUCAAAUGUUCCAAAAUGCAAUUGGCGGGAGCCGUUCUAAAAAGCGCACCGUAUGUCAGUGGUUUUAUGUGACCGAGAUGAGCAUUUAGAAAGAGGGGAGAUCUAAAGAUGCAACAGCUAGCAUGGGUUGCUAAUAUGACUAGGAUUGUCUUGGGCUGCUGGACUAUGAAUUAAAGUUGAUAGAAUCCCAAUAGAACAUGCUAGAAAUGCUGGUUUCCGUGGCAUAAGGAUCUGUUUAUAAAAUCAUUCCCUCAAUA